AUGGCAGAGAGCAGACAAAAAAGAAGGCAACUAUCGUUGGGACAGAAAAUUGAAAUUCUUGACUUUAUAGAAUCAGGUAAGAAAUUAGCUGACAUAGCGUCUUUAUUUACAUGCGACAGAUCAACCAUCUCUAAAAUUAAGAAACAUGCCAAAAAGCUCAGGGCUGAAAAUGUUAACAACAGAAACUCGAAGAAGAUUAGAAAUCGGAAAAGCAACUUUGAAGACGUCGAAGAAGCUUUACUUAAGUGGUUUACCCAAAUGAAGUGUAUGAAUGCUUCGGUAAACGGCCCUUUGAUGCUACAAAAAGCAUCUCAGUUUGCAGCAUCUUUGGGGAUAAAAGAGUUUUCGGCUUCGAGUGGGUGGCUAGAACGAUUUAAGAACCGACACAAUAUUAAAUUUUCUAGACUUCACAACGAACAAACGCCAGGUGAGGAAUUCGUAGCAGCGGACAGGUGGCUUGAAGACAAACUGAAGGAAAAAAUUAAAGGAUAUAAGCCCAGAGAUAUUUUCACCGCUGCUGAAACAUGUCUACUAUAUAAAGCAUUGCAGCCGGGAAUAAUUACAUUCCAAGGUGGGAAAACCAAUGCAAAUAAAGUACCGAAGGAACAGGUUACUGUCCUGGUUUGUGUUAAUUCAGAUGGCUCGGAAAAAGACCUUCACAUCGUUGGCAAACAUCCAAAACCUGCGUGUUUCGAUCGAGUGCAAAAAUUGCCCCUCUCCUAUUACAGCAAUCAGAAAUCCUGGAUGACCAACGAUAUAUGGAAGACGAUUUUGUGGGAAAUGAACCAAAAGUUCCAGGCGCAGAACCGCAAGAUAAUUUUGUUUGUUGACAGUGCUGCAUGUCAUCGAUGUGCUAAUAAUACAACGCCGGCUAUCAGAGUUGUUUAUCUGCCAAAGAGUACUCAUUUCAUUCAACCUUGCCGCCAGGGAAUUAUCAAAUCUCUAAAAACUCAUUAUCGGCGUCAUAUUAACCGAAGAAUGCUCACUACGUUCGAAAACGGCGUGGCAACCCAAGAAUUUACUAGAUCCAUCUCCGUACUAGAUGCCAUGUUUAUGUUGAAACGGGCCAUGGUUUUAGUAACACAUCGGACAAUCCGAAACGGUUUUCUAAUAUCCGGUUUUCCUUUUGAAAGCGAUGAAACCGCCUGGUCAGAGCAGGGAGUUAAAGAUGAAGAAGACGAAGAAAAUGAGACAUUUAAUAAGUUUGUCAGUAUCGACGACGAAUUACCGACAUAUGGCGAGCUUACAGACGUUGACAUCUGCCAACAAGUAGCAACUUCAACUGAUAAACGCUAUCUUGUGGACGACGAUGAAUGUGAUGUAGAUAUUAAAGAGAGAGUGGAAGAAAAGCGACAGUUGACGAGAACAGAAGGUCUGGCAGCUAUGUACACCUUCAGAGCCUACCUCGAACAGAAGUUCGAAAACUUUGAUGAUUUGCCUUUUGUAAAAUUAGAAGAAAUGGUCGAAGAUGAUGCUUCCAAAGGACGCAAUCAAAUGUUGAUUAAGGAUUCUUUAGAAAAGAAAUAA